GAUGCCUCCACACGACGACAUGUCUGGAUCAACUGCAUAUCAAGGGCACCUCUCUACCUGAAUGAACUAGUUCAGGGGUCCUUCACACGCCAGGGAACGACAUAUAAGACUGCUGAGCCCACCCAGCUAUUCCACCCCAUCGCGCACUGCUCAACCGCGCACACUCCCUAUAGAGCUUCAUCCUCAUCCUCAUCCUCAUCCUCAUUCAUCGCCAUGGCUGAGUGGAAGCAGAAGGAGGCUGCCCUCGACGCAGAUCCCUCAGAGACGCUCCCCCCGUACUCGAUAGAAGACAGCGGCCAUUCCCUCGCUGGUGGCAGCUCCGCCCCGGCGUCCGUCUCCGGCCGCCAAGACGGCACCCGGUCAACGUCGUCCUCGGGCCUAGCCACAACAUCGCCACCCGCCCCGCCUGCCGCCGAAUCCAUCGUCGAUUCAAAGACGAGGCUGGCUGCCGCCGAGAGGGCAAGGAGCACGCCAACUGCUGCUGCCGGCCCAACGGCCGCCGAGCCUUUCAACUUCCCCUCCGAUGCCACCCUGCCGCCCUACAGCCCAGCAGACACCGGUGCCGGCCCUGGUCACGGCGCCGGCAGCCCCCCCUCCUCUACCUCUGGGCAACUGCCUAUAGUUAUCCCCCAGGUUCGCUCCAGGGCAGAUUCUCCGUUCCUCUCAGCAUACUCGCAGGACCUGCUCCGCUACGGCAUCCCGCAGGACACCUGGCUGUCCUUUGUCGACACCCUCUCCGCAUUCCUCACAGCCAAUGUCUCAGAGAAAGCCCUGAGCCAUGCCGCAGACAUCGGUCGUCAGAUCUCUGACGUGCCAACCGAUCUGGGGCGCAGUAUCGCCGACUCGGCAAAGAGCGUGGGGCGUGGCAUUGCGCAGUCCGCCAAGAAGGGCAACAUCUUUGGCGUGGCCACAGGUCUUGUCGGUGGUGCAAUCGGCUUGACGGUCGGCACUGGUCUUAAACUCGCAGCAUCUGCAACAACACUGCCCGGGAAAGCCGCAAUCGCAGUAAUGUCGCCGCCCCAGACCCCCGGCGAGAGGGCCGCGGCAUAUGCGCUCGUCGCCAACGGCAAGUGGCUCGGCCAGCGAGGUUUGAUGGCCCAGGUGUUGAACUCGAUGCAGGUUGCCCAGUUGUUGGGUGUCUCCAUGGAGAAAUUGCUGCAGGACACACAGGCGGCACGCGCGCAGCAGGGCAUGGCUGGGAACUUUGGUGCUGGAGGAUUGAGCACGAAUGCAACUCCUCUUGAGCAUCUGCGAGGCGUGGUGGCUGAUCUUGACGUGCCAGUGGAUGAAGAUGCUGGGCUAUCUCCAACAAUGUCUGGAAAAUCCCCCAAGGCCAGCACAUCCGCCACCAAGAACGACAGUAAACACCUGGAAGAGCUCGGCCAGGCGACGAUAUGGCUUGUUGUCACGCAGGACAAGUACAACGGCCAGGAGUCCAAGGGGAAGAGUCGCAACGACGACAUGGACAAGUUCGGGUUGAGAGGAAACUUUGGAUAUGACCCUCAGGACUACGGAAGAGAUACGAAGGAAAGGCGGUCUCGAGAUCGUAGGAGACGUCGUGACAGUACGAGUAAGGACAGGUUACGAUGAAGCACAAUGAUUUCACAGUAUUAGCGGUUCCGUCGGCGUUCUGGAGCUUCAAGGCGAUAGUCAUAAUACAAUCGUGGUUUGACCUGACGUCAGGCAUUUUGUU